CUCAUAUCUCAUCUUUUCUUUCAAAUGCCGAAGCAUUAAAUUAAUCUUCCUCUCUCCUCUGAACUUACGCUCCCUACUGUACUGCCCCGUGAUCAUUCUACAUUUUCUUCUUAAACCAUCACACACUCUCUCAAGAUAACAGAUCGGAACCGAAACUUCUAGAAUGCGACGAGAUUGUAUAUUGUAGCGAAAUCAGAAUCGGAGUCAGAGAUGGGGAAGCAGAGCGCGUGGGUGGCGAUUCAGAAGAAGCGGUGGCCGCUGCUGAUUCUCGCUCUGCUUUCGCUCUUCACCGCAAUGCUUUUCUUCACCAGAACCUCGUUCGAUUCCUGCGCCACCAACAGUACCAGCUCUGCUACAAGUAAUAGCAUUGUUAUCAACAACAAUCGUUUUCGAGAAGAAGAGAAAGACAAAUUUACAAACGCUCAGAUUCAAUCAAAAGCCGCACCGAAUCCGCUAGAUUUCAUGAAGUCGAAGCUCGUGCUCUUGGUUUCCCACGAGCUCUCUCUUUCUGGUGGGCCGUUGUUGUUAAUGGAGCUAGCGUUUUUGCUGAGAGGUGUGGGUGCGGAGGUUGUGUGGAUAACUAACCAGAAACCGGUGGAGCUAGACGACGUCGUUUACAGUUUGGAGCAUAAAAUGUUGGACAGAGGGGUUAAGGUCCUAUCUGCAAAGGGUCAAAAAGCUAUAGAUACAGCUCUUAAAGCUGAUUUGGUUAUUUUAAAUACUGCUGUUGCUGGUAAAUGGCUGGAUGCUGUUCUCAAGGAAAAAGUUCCUCAUGUGCUUCCAAAGGUUUUGUGGUGGAUUCAUGAAAUGAGAGGGCAUUAUUUCAAAGUGGAGUAUGUUAAGCACCUCCCUUUUGUUGCAGGUGCCAUGAUUGAUUCACAUACAACUGCAGAAUACUGGAAGAACAGAACCCGAGAGCGUUUAGGGAUUAAAAUGCCUGAAACUUACGUUGUGCACCUUGGAAAUAGCAAGGAACUAAUGGAGGUUGCUGAAGAUAGUGUAUCCAAGAGAAUUCUUCGUGAGCAUGUUCGAGAGUCUCUUGGAGUGCGGAAUGAAGAUCUAAUCUUUGCCAUCAUAAACAGUGUUUCACGUGGGAAAGGUCAGGAUCUAUUUCUUCGUUCCUUUCAUGAAAGUCUGCAACUUAUUAAAGAGAAGAAACUGCAGGUGCCACCAAUUCAUGCAGUAAUAGUGGGAAGUGACAUGAAUGCUCAAACAAAGUUCGAGACAGAACUGCGGAACUUUGUACUAGAGAAAAAAAUUCAGGACCGUGUUCACUUUGUCAACAAAACCCUGACAGUAGCUCCUUAUUUGGCUUCUAUUGAUGUUCUUGUUCAGAACUCCCAGGCCCGAGGAGAGUGCUUUGGGAGGAUAACCAUUGAAGCAAUGGCCUUUCAGCUGCCUGUGUUGGGCACAGCAGCUGGAGGCACCAUGGAAAUAGUGGUGAAUGGGACAACAGGUUUGUUGCAUCCUGCUGCAAAGGAAGGUGUGACACCUCUUGCAAAUAACAUUGUCAAAUUGGCCACACAUGUAGAAAGGAGGCUAACAAUGGGAAAGAAAGGAUAUGAGAGGGUGAAGGAGAGGUUUCUGGAACCCCACAUGUCACAUAGAAUUGCUCUGGUUUUGAAGGAUGUUCUUCAGAAGGCAAAGAGCCAUUCCACUUAAAUCAAAUGAGAGUUUUUCUUCUCCACUUCAGUUCAGAGGAGUUGGGAUGUAAUCCUUAUGUAAUGACAAAUCUCAUAUACAUGAAAGUUCAUUGUAUUUUAUGUAGGAAGUUCCAUAGAUAAGUCAAAGUGAGUUGUGAUAUAAUAGUCGGUUUCCUCCAUUGUUUAUAGGAUCAUUGAAGUAUAUCUGGACACGGCAGUUUCUUGUUGAAAAUUUUGCUUGUUAAAACCGUUUUGUCCGGAAAUUUAUGUUCUUGUGAGCAUAAGUGCACUAAAGUUUGCAGUCCAUGAACUGCAGAUCUUCCCACAAUGGACAUAUGUUCGACUUGAAAAAAAAAAUUGCCAUAUUAAUGUAUUGCAGAGUUAUUGCUUUCCUUA